CCUUAAGGUUGGUGAUGGGGUGUCUGAUCAGUUCCCUGCCGGCCUUCGUGUUUUGGUGGUUGAUGAUGAUCCGACUUGUCUCAAGAUUCUAGAGAAAAUGCUUCGGAAUUGCCUCUACCAAGUUACCACAUGUUCAAGGGCUGAGGUUGCAUUGUCUAUGCUUCGAGAGAGUAAAAGUAGGUUCGAUAUUGUUCUUAGCGACGUCCACAUGCCAGACAUGAAUGGAUUCAAGCUCCUUGAGCACAUUGGGCUGGAGAUGGAUCUGCCAGUUAUCAUGAUGUCGGCAGAUGAUGGAAAAGAUGUUGUUAUGAAGGGUGUCACUCAUGGUGCAUGUGAUUACCUGAUCAAACCGGUUCGGAUUGAAGCCAUCAAGAACAUAUGGCAGCAUGUGGUUCGGAAGAGGAGAAAUGAGUUGAAGGACUUCGAGCAAUCAGGGAGUAUAGAAGAUGGUGACUGGCCCCGAAAAACAUCUGAUGAUGCAGACUAUGCAUCCUCAGUAAAUGAAGGGAGUUGGAAGAGUUCCAAGAAGAGGAAAGAUGAAGAAGAUGAAGGGGAGGAUAGGGAUGAUACUUCCACAUUGAAGAAGCCAAGGGUGGUAUGGUCGGUUGAGCUUCAUCAACAGUUUGUUGCUGCCGUGAACCAACUAGGCAUUGACAAGGCUGUUCCUAAGAAAAUUCUGGAGCUGAUGAAUGUCCCUGGGCUCACUAGAGAAAAUGUUGCCAGCCACCUUCAGACUCAUGUUUGCAAUCAUAUGGUACAGAAAUAUCGUUUGUAUCUUAGAAGGUUAAGUGGAGUAAACACGCCUUUCAUGAGUUCACAAGAAGCAAAUUUCAGGUCAAUGUCUUCACUUGAUGGGCUCGAUCUCCAAGCUUUUGCUGUCUCAGGUCAACUCCCACAUCAGAGUCUUGCAACACUACAGGCAGGGUUUACAAGGACGACUACCUCCACUGGGAUAAGCAUGCCUAUUGUAGAUCAGAGAAACAUAUUUAAUUCUGAAAUAUCAAAGUUAAGAUUUGGAUCUGGGCAACAACUAUGCAACAGUGGUGAGCAAGUGAGCCUACUGCCAGGACUCCCAACCAGCAUGGAACCAAAACAGCUACCUCAUCUGCCCCAGUCAGUCCAAUCAUUUGGUGGUGUUGGUUUGCAAGUCAGUGAGGGAACAUCAACCUUUCUAAAUAUGCCGACAUCUCUCGGAACGACCUUGUCGAACCAUGUGCAUGGUAUACAUGGUAACCAUGGUAGUCCUUUGAUGAUACAGAUGACUCAAACCCAGUCAAGGACGCCAUCAUUGAAUGAGAUGGCAGGUGGUCAUACUUCAAGGAUCCAAUCAACCGUUGGGCAACAAAUAUUCUCAAAUGAGAUUUCGGGUCAGGUCUUGGAAAGAAAAAAGACCAAUAUAAAUGGUAAAAGUGCAGCAUACAACCCUGUUUCCCAAGCCUCUUCAGUGGUUGAUUUUUCAAUGAACCACAUGAUAGAACUGCCUGGAAAUGGUAUUCCUCUUGCAAGUGGUACUGAGGUACCUCCACUCACAUCUACAGGAAUAUUUCAAGAAGGGGGAAACGUGGGAUUAAAAGGAUCAAGAGGCUUUGCUCCUAGAUAUGAUAUAUUUAAUGAGCUACGUCAGUUCAAAACCCAAGACUGGGAAUUACAGAAUGUGGGUCUGAAUUUUGAGGCCUCUCAACAUCUCAACUCCAUCAUUCAAAGCAACACAAACCACACACCAUCAGUUCUGGCUAGCCAAGGGUUUGCUUCUAGCCAGAAAAAUGGACAGAGCAUGAAUAUGCAUGUUGUUGGCAAUGCAGUGAACUCCUAUGAAGAAGCAAAUGGACAUGGGAACACGCAAAACAGUGGUCAAAGGUCUAACAAUCCUCUGAUGGAAAAUUCAUUUAGAGUGAAGUCUGAAGCAAUACCUGAUUUGAGCUGUGAGACUGUACUUACUCCUGAUCACCUUGGUCAGGAUGACCUCAUGAGUGCACUUCUCAAACAGCAGCAAGGAUUUGGGCUGGUUGAAAGUGACUAUAACUUCGAUGGAUAUACCAUGGACAAUAUUCCAGUGUAGAAGAUGGCCCUUAUCUCCAUGGUAGCAGUGCUAAUGUGUAUAGUUUCUUUUAUGGAUGUAUUACUUUGUCUCAUUUUCUGUCAAAGGAAGGAGGUUUGAAGUUUUAUCUCUCCAUGGACCAGGGUUGCUCUGUUUUUAUUUGCACAGUUAUGCUGUGAAUUUAAAGAAUCAAGUUACAUCAUGCAACAAUGUGGUGGAGCUUGAAGUUUAUCUGGUAUGGAUCCAAUAUCCUGGGAAAUGUUCUGUAGGAAACAGCUGCAUGAUAUAGAAAGGUGGUGUACAUGCAAAAUUUUGAUUGCUUAAAGUAUCUAAAACUAACAAGAAAGUUUUAAUUUUAGAGAGAAGGUUUUGAAGUUGAGUGUGGGUUUCCAUAAUUGCUAGUUUAGAGAUGAAGGAUUCCGAGGCCUCCACAAGUUUGUGGUGGAGAUGGGAAUCUUUUGUAACUCAGAUAACACACUAGGUUUGUUCUUUAGGUAUUGAGUUUGAUGUACAGAUUCAAUUUGAUUGCUGAAGACAUGAAUAUUGAUUUUCUCUGUAGGUCAUUUCUUGUA